GAAAUGCAGUGGAUAGCAAGGAGGAGAAGAAGAAGAAAAAGAAGCAGAAGCGAAAGCACAGUCUGUCCGAGUCCGCGGCUGCCGAAGAUGCCCCUACAUCGGCCAAAAAAUUGAGGUUUGAGAGCUCGGCCGCCGCUGAAGACGAUAGUGCGCUGACGACACCAAAGAAGAAGAAGAAGAAGAGGUCGGCAGCGGCGGCAAUUGCGUCGGCGCCUGUUGAACUUGACGAGGACUAG